AUGGCAGAUGCAAUCAUUUCAGUUGUGGCAGAGAGAGUUGCUGCAAUCAUUGAAGAUCAGAUUCGGUACGAAGUCAAUUUGGUCAGAGGUUUUGAGAAGGAGGUUCUCGAUCUUUCUGACAAGCUCAAGACAAUCAGAAAUGUGUUGGCUGAUGCAGGAAAGAGAGGAGUGAACGAUCAAAGCGUCAAAAGUUGGUUGAAGAAGCUUGAAGCUACGUCUUAUGAGAUGGAUGACAUUUUGGAUGAAUGGAACUACGCUCUUCUCAAACAUAAGAUGAAAGCUUCUGCUGCUGAGCAAAAGGUAUGCUGCUCCUUCAUCCCAUCUUCAUGUUUGUGUUUCAAGAAAGUUGUUGCUAGUCGUGAUACUGCCAAGAAGAUAGAAAAUGUGAAAUCCACAGUUGAUCAGAUUUUGAAAGAGAAAGAUGAUUUUAAUUUUGCUAUGUCUGCCCCUGCCACUUCUCAUGUGCCCAAAUCUUGGCGAGUUCAAUCCACAUCUUCGAUUGAAUUUGAGAAAGUUCAAGGGUCGGACAUACAGAGGAAUAAGAAUGAUCUAGUGAACAAGCUAAUGUUUAAUGGCGAUAGCCAAAUAUUGUGUAUAGUUGGGAUGGGCGGACUUGGGAAGACAACUCUUGCUCAACUUGUUUAUAGUGAUACUCAGGUAGAGGGUGGUUUUAAAAGAAUAUGGAUUUGUGUCUCUGAUCCAUUUGAAGUGGCUGAAGUUGCCAGAGGAAUUGUUGAGAGUGUCACAAAAGAGAUUAUUCCUCCAUAUAUCAACCAAUUGGAAAUGAUACUAGAAAAACUCAAAGAUUGUAUUUCAGGAAAGAAGUUUCUUCUCGUGCUUGAUGAUGUUUGGACAGAAGACUACAACAAAUGGAAACCCCUCAAAAUCAAUCUCAAAUACGGUGCACCGGGUAGUAAAAUUUUGGUGACAACAAGAAAUGAGAGAGUAGCUAAGAUGAUGGGCAUAGUAGAUGAAGACAUCUACCGCCCACAACAGCUCAGUGAUGAAGAGUGUUGGUUACUAUUACGUUGUAUAUCCCUAUCGGGAAGGAGUGAGAAGGAAUGCGGAGAAUUUGAGGAAGUUGGCAAGAAAAUAGCUAGCAAGUGCAAGGGAUUGCCUCUUGCUGCAAAUGUUUUGGGAAGUCUUUUGCAAUUCAAGUACAGUUUGAAUGAGUGGGAAAAUGUAUGGAAGAGUGAAAUAUGGGAAUUGGAGAAGGCAGAAGUAGAGCUUUUUCCUCAUUUGGUCUUAAGCUACAAUGAAUUAUCCCCUGUUCUUAGGCGUUGUUUUUCUUACUGUGCUGUCUAUUCUAAAGAUUCCCAAAUCAAUGCUAAGAGUCUAAUAGAGCAGUGGAUGGCCUUAGGUUAUUUGGGGUCUGUUGGUGGAAAUGGUGGAUUGGAACUUAAAGGGAGAGAGUACUUGAACACUCUAGCAAUGCUUUCUUUGUUUCAUGAUGUUGAGAGAACUUGUGAGCAUAUAGUAAGGUGUAAAAUGCAUGAUAUAGUACAUGAUUUUGCUCUAUUUCUUAGGAAGAACAACGAAGCUGCUGAAACGAGAAAGACAACUUGCCAAGUUUGUGAUCCUAUUAUAGUUUCUCAGGUCCAAGAGUAUCGCAGUUUAUGCUUGGAUAACACUACUCCUAAUCUUUGUGAUUGCCUUACAAGUCUUAAGGUGCUUGUAUGUAAACGCGGGCUGCAUCUUCCGUCUCUGCUGGGAAUGGAGAAGUUGAUUCACUUAAGAUGGUUGUGUUUAAGUGGUACUUUAUUCUCAAAUGAAGACCUUAAAGUCAUAUGUAGGCUAUACUUCUUACAAACUCUUUUGCUAGCACGAUGCUACUUGAAAGAGAUUCCUACAGAAAUUGGGAAUUUAGUUCACUUGAGACACUUGGACCUAAGUGUGAACAGAGAAUUGAAAGAGUUGCCAAAGAGCAUGUAUAGUUUGGUUGAACUUCAAACUCUCACCUUAGCACUGUGCUGUCUAGAAGAGAUAAGCGGAGAAAUUGGGAAUCUGGUUCAGUUGAGAAACCUCGACUUGAGUAGGAACAAAUUCUUAAAGGAGUUACCAGAAAGCAUUUGUAGUUUGUUUGAACUGCAAAGCUUGAUUAUCGAAGGGUGCAGUCAGCUCAAUGGACUUCCCGAAGGGAUCCAUAGGCUCGAGAACCUCCAGCAUCUUUUUCUCGGCUACAUUUCAGCAGGGCAUCAUCUGCCUCAAGGAUUAGGUGAGUUGAGUGGUCUUUACACAUUAGAAUUGAGGGAGUUUCAAGUUGGAAGCGUUUACAACAAGUUGGGCUUGUUGAAAAAGCUAAACCGUCUUAGUGGACAGCUAAACUUGGUGAUCCACUUGAGGCGUAGUGGUGAUCUGGAGGAGCUAGCUGAGGAUGCCGGAGAAGCAGAGUUAACGAACAAGAUACACCUUCAAACACUCAAUAUAGCAUUCGAGGAUGAUGAGAUGGAUGAAAGGGACCAGUCAUUGUCAUCACUGUGGAUGGAUGUAAUAGAUGCUCUGGAGCCAUAUCACAAGGUGAGGGAGUUCGGAAUCCGGGGAUACAGGGGCUCCAGACUUGCACGUUGGAUGUCAUCGCCUCUCCACUUGAUAAAACAGAUCAGUCUGAUUGAUUUGAGUGAGGUGCGGUCGUUGCCGCCUAUGGGGAAACUACCUUUGCUGGAAUCUUUACAUGUGGAGCAGCUCAAGGAGUUGAAGGUGGUGGGACAUGAGUUUCUAGGAAUAGAAACUACAUCUAGUGAUGUUCUAGUUGUUGCAUUUCCUAAGCUGAGGAAACUGGCGUUUAGCGCCUGCGUCAACUGGUGGGAGUGGGAGGACAUAACGGAGGAAGAAGAGGAAUCUUCCGCCAUCUCCUUCAUGCCAUGUCUCAUUGAGUUGACGAUUGAUUCGUGUGAGGGUUUGAAGAAGCUGCCGUGUCGCCUCCUGUGUAAGGCCUCGUCUUUGGAGAUGUUGAGUAUAAGGUUUUCAUCAGAGCUGCAGAGAAGUUAUGGAGAUGAUAAUGAUGGUUCCUCUGUCAGAUUCAUAUCCCAAAAUCAUCCAAAUCUUCAACUUCUCCUUUAG